AUGACAAAAGUUGCAGGAUGGACAAACAUAGAGGUCCAAUCUGACUGUAAAAAUGUUGUGAGCCAAAUUAACACAGGCAAUGCUCAGGAGUGUAGCUUACAAACAAUCCUGCAAGACAUUGAGGACCUCAAACAGAUUUUUGACUGUUGUAGAUUUUCUUUUGUUCCCAGAACUGCAAAUGGUUGUAGCCAUUCUCUGGCUCAAUUUGCAGUCAAGUUGAUUAGGAAGAGAGUGUCUGCUGAUGCUGAAUGCUCCUCAGAAGGCGAAGGGGUUGGGUUCUACUGGGGCCAAAGUCUUCAUGAUGAAAACCUGGCUGAGAUGUGCAACAACAGUAUGUAUCGCUACGCGGUUCUCGCCUCCCUAAAUUUGGAGGGUAACAAACCAGUCUUGAGCAUAGAUGACAAGUGCAAUCCGAGCUACCCGGCUGGCUGCGCCUACCUAGGUCAUAUGAUAGAUUUCUGCAAGGCUCAAGGCAUCAAAGUAUUACUUUCCCUUGGUGGGAGGCCUGAUCUUUCUUCUGAUGAUGCUCACAAUGUUGCAGAAUAUAUCUGGAACAAUUUUUUGAGUAAUAAUUCAGGCCCUGGUCCUCUCAAUGCUACUGUAGAUGGAAUAGACUUCCGUAUCCAAAGCGGAUCAAACCAGAGUCUGGAUGUUCUCGCCCAGGCGCUCAGGAAUUAUAGCACACCUGAAAGAAAGGUGUACUUAUCUGCAGCACCACUUUGUCAAAUUCCUGACUAUUAUCUUGACGAUGCUAUCAAAACUGGCGUCUUUGACCACGUGUGGGUGCAAUUUUUCGGUGAUCCUUCAUGUAAAUUCUAUCCACCCAUUUGGAUUGCAUGGUAUUGUUAUCUAGACAAAUAUAAUACUACAUUAUCCCUGGGAAUAACUAGAAAUCCCGACACUGACGGUUUCAUCCCAUGUGAUGAUCUAUUUACAAGGACGUUCUUUGUGGUGCAGUUUCCCAAAUUUGGAACGCUCAUGGUGUUUGAGGGCAAAUACGAGUGCAAUUUUAGUUCUGGUGUACUUCUGGCUUCUGGUAAAAAGUCCAUGAAUAAGUUCUACGCCAUCGACUAA